GUAAUGUGGUGUGAGCACCCCUCGAGUUAGGAGGAGGGUAGCUGGGAACGGUGCAGGGCUGAGUUCUCCACAAGCUGCCUGUAGGACAGUCACUCAGGUUGAUGGUAGGACAGAGAGAACCUGAAACUGGGCGUAGGAAGGUUCCACGUGCAGGAGCCCUGCAAGAUAAGGCACUUUUAAGGGUUUAGGACGAGCGCCAACCCCUGAGGGCUGUUGAACCAGGCCGCCCAGGGAGCUGUGCACCAAGACUUGUUUAAGGUUUUUAUCGGGUCGUACUGUUUCAGGUGUACGGUGGAAUUCAGGACAUUGCUGCAAAAGGAAGUUUUUUAUUUUUUUCUCUCUCAGUACAUUCUUUCUUCCUUGGAAGUAACAGAGGCAAGUUUGGGAACUGUGUGAACCAGGUCAGCGAUCCGGACAGAUCUCUACCAGCAGGUCUUUUGCGGUUUUUCCUGUGUACUGAUUUGCAGACUUAAUCCUACUUUCUUAAAAAAAAAAAGCAGAACAGCACAGGCGAACUCAGACUCUUAUUAAAUUCCAAUUUUGACUUUGCCACUUUUUAGUGGCCUUGAACAAGUUACCGAGUCCCUCUCAGCGUUAGUUUCCCUCUUUUAUGAUGAGGAUAAUAUUAUCUGCAAAUUAUUGAUAAUAGUAAAGAAUAUAGCAUGUAAAUCUCCUAGCACAGUACUGGGAUUUUCUCCACUUUAUUUCUUCUUUUACCAAGAUGCUCCUCAUUGGACUUUAAUGCACAGGACUAGUCUAAGGUAUCACCAGGUAGUUCACUCCUGCUCGGAAUUCUUGACCCUCUUUUGGGAUUUAGAAGAACAGGGCAUGGACCAGAUGGGUUUAAACAAAUUCAGUCUCUUCCACUAGCUUCACCUUGGGGUUGUUAAAAGAUUUUUGAACCACACACUGUGCUCAUAACAUUCUUCAUCUCUUAAAAGGAUUUUACUCUUCCUGGUAUUGCCCUCACUUCCGUCCCUGUAUUCCCUGCUCAGUGGCUGACACAGAAGAGUUCUUUAUUGAUGCCCGCCCCGCACCCCCUAGGGUUCUCUGCUCUCCCCUCCCGCUACAGGCCUCCAUCCUCUUUAUCGUGUUCAUUUUUCAGAUCUCAGUUCAAGCAUCUCAUCCUCAGUGUGUUGUUUCUUGAUCCCUCACUCUAAUCCAAGUCUUUUUGUUUCAUGCACAGGUGGAAUCUUAUUUCCGUUUGCGUCCAAUCAUGUAUUUUAAUGUGCAUGUAUAUAUGUAUGUCCGUUUGUAUGCAUGCGAUUAAGAACUAGCAUAAUUAUAAUUGGAAAGCUCCAUGAAAGCUGGUUGGGUGCUAAUUUUGUAACUAUUUUAUUCCCAGAUCCUGUAAUUUCUCUAAAUAAAUCCUGGAAUAUUGCCUUAUCUCCUUCAGGUCAAAAGCCAACUGUAAGGUCUAAUGAUUGCAGGAUCUAGCUAUCCAUUGCUUCUGGCUGCUUAUGCAUGCACUGGAUGUCUGGCAGAGAGGUUGGGAUGGUUUAUAAAAUCCUCCAGUGAAGCUACUAACAUUACUCCAAAGCAUAAUAUGAAAGCAUUUUUGGAUGAACUGAAAGCUGAGAACAUCAAGAAGUUCUUACAUAAUUUUACGCAGAUACCACAUUUAGCAGGAACAGAACAAAACUUUCAACUUGCAAAGCAAAUUCAAUCCCAGUGGAAAGAAUUUGGCCUGGAUUCUGUUGAGCUAACUCAUUAUGAUGUCCUGUUGUCCUACCCAAAUAAGACUCAUCCCAACUACAUCUCAAUAAUUAAUGAAGAUGGAAAUGAGAUUUUCAACACAUCAUUAUUUGAACCACCUCCUGCAGGAUAUGAAAAUGUUUCGGAUAUUGUACCACCUUUCAGUGCUUUCUCUCCUCAAGGAAUGCCAGAGGGCGAUCUAGUGUAUGUUAACUAUGCACGAACUGAAGACUUCUUUACAUUGGAACGGGACAUGAAAAUCAAUUGCUCUGGGAAAAUUGUAAUUGCCAGAUAUGGGAAAGUUUUCAGAGGAAAUAAGGUUAAAAACGCCCAGCUGGCAGGGGCCAAAGGAGUCAUUCUCUACUCAGACCCUGCUGACUACUUUGCUCCUGGGGUGAAGUCUUAUCCAGAUGGCUGGAAUCUUCCUGGAGGUGGUGUCCAGCGUGGAAAUAUCCUAAAUCUGAAUGGUGCAGGAGACCCUCUCACACCAGGUUACCCAGCAAAUGAAUAUGCUUAUAGGCGUGGAAUUGCAGAGGCUGUUGGUCUUCCAAGUAUUCCCGUUCAUCCAAUUGGAUACUAUGAUGCACAGAAGCUCCUAGAAAAAAUGGGUGGCUCCUCACCACCAGAUGGCAGCUGGAGAGGAAGUCUCAAAGUGCCCUACAAUGUUGGACCUGGCUUUACUGGAAACUUUUCUACACAAAAAGUCAAGAUGCACAUCCACUCUACCAGUGAAGUGACAAGAAUUUACAAUGUGAUAGGUACUCUCAGAGGAGCAGUGGAACCAGACAGAUACGUCAUUCUGGGAGGUCACCGGGACUCAUGGGUGUUUGGUGGUAUUGACCCUCAGAGUGGAGCAGCUGUUGUUCAUGAAAUUGUGAGGAGCUUUGGAAUGCUGAAAAAGGAAGGGUGGAGACCUAGAAGAACAAUUUUGUUUGCAAGCUGGGAUGCAGAAGAAUUUGGUCUUCUUGGUUCUACUGAAUGGGCAGAGGAGAAUUCAAGACUCCUUCAAGAGCGUGGCGUGGCUUAUAUUAAUGCUGAUUCGUCUAUAGAAGGAAACUACACUCUGAGAGUUGAUUGUACACCACUGAUGUACAGCUUGGUAUACAACCUAACAAAAGAGCUGGAAAGCCCUGAUGAAGGCUUUGAAGGCAAAUCUCUUUAUGAAAGUUGGACGAAAAAAAGUCCUUCCCCCGAGUUCAGUGGCAUGCCCAGGAUAAGCAAAUUGGGAUCUGGAAAUGAUUUUGAGGUGUUCUUCCAACGACUUGGAAUUGCCUCAGGCAGAGCACGGUAUACUAAAAAUUGGGAAACAAACAAAUUCAGCAGCUAUCCACUGUAUCACAGUGUCUAUGAAACAUAUGAGUUGGUGGAAAAGUUUUAUGAUCCAAUGUUUAAAUAUCACCUCACUGUGGCCCAGGUUCGAGGAGGGAUGGUGUUUGAACUAGCCAAUUCCGUAGUGCUCCCUUUUGAUUGUCGAGAUUAUGCUGUAGUUUUAAGAAAGUACGCUGACAAAAUCUACAAUAUUUCUAUGAAACAUCCACAGGAAAUGAAGACAUACAGUGUAUCAUUUGAUUCACUUUUUUCUGCAGUAAAGAAUUUUACAGAAAUUGCUUCCAAGUUCAGUGAGAGACUCCAGGACUUUGACAAAAGCAACCCAAUAUUAUUAAGAAUGAUGAAUGAUCAACUCAUGUUUCUGGAAAGAGCAUUUAUUGAUCCAUUAGGGUUACCAGACAGACCUUUUUAUAGGCAUAUCAUCUAUGCUCCAAGCAGCCACAACAAGUAUGCAGGGGAGUCAUUCCCAGGAAUUUAUGAUGCUCUGUUUGAUAUUGAAAGCAAAGUGGACCCUUUGCAGGCCUGGGGAGAAGUGAAGAGACAAAUUUCUAUUGCAGCCUUCACAGUGCAAGCAGCUGCAGAGACUUUGAGUGAAGUGGCCUAAGAGGAUUCUUUAGAGAAUCCAUACUGAAUUUGUGUGGUAUGUCAUUCAGAAAGAAUCAUAAUUGGUAUAUUGAUAAAUUUUAAAAUUGGUAUAUUUGAAAUAAAGUUGAAUAUUAUAUAUA